AUGUGUUUGAUCCGCGUGCAAUCGCAAGAUACCAUGAAGGACAGCCAAGACGAUACCGCAGGAGGGGGCGUUGCUGCCGCGCUAGGCCUUCGAGAAGUUAUCCGCAACAGCGGGGAAGUUGUCGAAGCAGGGUUUGAUGGAGACGUAGCCGCGAUGACUGCGCUGUUGACGAAAGGGUUUCACGUCGAGAGCGAAGAUGGCCACCGCCACACUGCUCUCUCUGAAGCGGCGUGUCAAGGGCAUGUGGAAAUGCUACAGUGCUUACUCUCCUUGGUACACCUUGACGACGCUAUGGCAUCAUCAUUUGUCCAUGACGACUUGCCUACACUGGGGCUGUAG